AUGCGGAUGAGCUCGCUCAGUUCGAGUCAUCAGGUAGCAGCACAAUCCGGGGAGCCUGCCCACAUCUAUACCUUACGGCGCCACGACGUUUUUAAUUCUUUUACCCUCUUCACAUUCUCUGCCACGCGAAGGCCCUUUGUCGUCCUGAAACACUUGUUUGCCAUCAUAUCGCAGCCUCCAGCGUCCAGGAAAGGCCUCUGGACAUCUAGAGCUUCACGUUUCAGAGCCAGCGCUUCAUUCUGUCAAUCAGUGGUGGAGAAUUGUGUGCUCGGCGCAGGCCACGGCCUUGCAACCACAAGCUGA